CACAACCUUUCAGGGAACUCUUGCUCCCAUCUCCUCCCCACAGCUGACAGAACUUCCGCUCCCAAUCGCCAUAUCAAAACUUCAAUAGCUAGGUAGCCACCAAAGAGAGCAAGGCAUGCAUGGAGCUCGCAACGGCAGCUCUGGGCAGCCUUCUCCCCAAGCUUGCCACCCUUCUCAGCGAUGAAUACAAGUUGCAGAAGGGGGUGAAAGGGGAGAUCAGGUUCCUGCAAGCUGAAAUGGAGAGCAUGCAGGCUGCCCUCGAAAGGGUGUCCAGGCUGCCUGCUCAUCAGAUCGAUGAUCUUAACAAGAUCUGGGUGAGGGACUUGAAGGAGCUGGUGUAUGAUAUUGAGGACAGUGUCGAUGCUUUCAAGGUGAGAGUCGAUGGUCCUGUUCCUGUCCACGCGCAUAGCUUCAGGAAGUUUUUCGAUAGGACCAUGGGAUUGUUGACAAAGAUCAAAAAUCGCCAUCAUGUUGGCAAUGACAUUCAAGAGAUCAAGAGACGCAUCAAGGAGGUUACCGGUAGGCGAGACAGGUACAGAUUUGAAGCUAAUGCAGCGCAACCUGAAACGAACCUCAUUGACCCUCGCGUCCUGGCAAGCUUUGAGCAUGCAUCGAAGCUUGUUGGCACUGAUGGCCCUACAGAGAAGAUCUCCAACUUGCUAACACAAGGGAAGGGUCCGCAAAAACAGAAGCUAAUGGUUGUCUCAAUCGUUGGAGUUGGAGGCCUGGGCAAAACGACAAUUGCCAAUAUGGUGUACGAAAGGCUUGGGGGCCAAUUUGACUGUAAAGCUUUUGUUUCGGUGUCACUCAAGCCGAACGUGAAGCAGAUUUUCAGCAGCAUACUACGGCAAAUUAGUGAAGGCCUAGGUAUAUGCACCAAUAUUAGAGAAAAGGAUCCUGAAGAACUUAUAAGGAGUAUCAGGCAAUUCCUCAUGAACAAGAAGUAUCUAAUUGUAACUGAUGAUGUAUGGGAGGAAGAAGUGUGGAAAACCAUCAUGUCUGCUCUUAUUGACAAGAAUCAUGGUAGCAGAGUUAUUGUGACAACUCGCAAUGUUGACGUGGCUAAUUUGACUUCUAUUGACGGCGCUCUGUACGAACUAGAUCCACUCUCCGAUGAGGAUUCCAAAAGGCUGCUUUGUACAAGGAUCUUUAAUGAAGAACAGGUAAUUCAUUCUGACCUUGAGGAGGUCACAACAAAAAUUUUGAGGAAGUGUGGUGGGGUACCAUUAGCUAUCAUCACUGUAUCAAGUAUGUUGGCUUGUAUACAAAAUAAAACAAAGUACGAAUGGUAUGGUGUGUACAAUUCCAUGGGUUCAGGACUUGAAAAGGACAAGAGUCUUAAGAACAUGCGAAAGAUAUUAUAUCUUAGUUACAGUGAUCUUCCAUCCUAUCUAAAGCCUUGUUUAUUAUAUCUAAGCAUGUUUCCAGAGGAUUAUUUGAUUCGAAGAAAAGACUUGAUACGGCUUUGGGUAGCAGAAGGUUUUGUUGAUGAAAAAAAGGGCAGCAACUCAUAUGAUCUAGGAGGAAUAUAUUUCAGUGAGCUUAUUAAUAGAAGCAUGAUUCAGCCGAUAGGCAUGGAUAAAAAUGGUAGUGCAAGAGCAUGUCAAGUGCACGAUAUGGUACUUGAUCUUAUCAUUUACCUUGCAGCUCAAGAAAAUUUUGCUAUGCUAUCAGAAGGCCCGGACCUCAAAACAUCAGCAUGUAAGAUUCGACGAUUAUCGCUUCAAGGUAGCAAGUUAGAUACUGAUAAAGAAGAUAGAAAGGAAGGGCAAACAGCAAUGCCAGCAACGGUGGACAUGUCACAUGUGAGGUCACUCAUUGCACUAGGUGAUGCCUUUCAAUGGAUGCAACCUCUUUCAAGGUUUUCUGUCCUACGUGUUUUGGUUUUGGAACUUUCUCCAAGCAAGAACAAUGAUCCUAAGGAUAUUUUCCGUUUGCAUCAUCUGAGGUAUCUGACACUACGAGGGGAGCUUGCAACUGAGCUUCUAGAACAUAUUGGAAACCUACAGAGUCUACGGACAUUGGAUUUGUGGGGCACGUCCCUAGAAGAACUGCCACCUAGUAUUGUUCAGCUAAAACAGCUUGAACGUCUGAUUACUGGUAAAGGGGUGAAAUUUCCAGAUGGGAUUGGGAACCUAGUGUCCCUGCAACAGCUGGCAGUGCUCAAUGUGAAAGAGUCACAAAACACCCUGGCAGAGCUAGUUAAGCUUACUGAACUACGGGUGCUGGCUGUAACCGGAUUUGAUGAAAAUGAAGGUCUCAUUAAGACAUUUCUCCAGACCCUCAUUAAUCUAAACAAUAUUGUCACUCUAAAUUUUGAUGGCAUUGAGUUAUGUUCCCUAGAUUGUAUGCCGGAGCAGUGGAGAGGCCCUGCUCACCUACAAAGCUUUAAUGGGGGCCGCUUAAUCUUCUCUGAGUUGCCACGUUGGUUUUCAUCCCUCUGUGAGCUCUCCUGCUUGUCCAUCAGGGUCCAUGUGCUAAGGCAGGUGGAUAUCCAACUGCUUGGAGCUUUGCCCGUGCUACGUUUUCUUAACCUACUUGGCACCACUGAAGAAGGGCUGGUCAUUGGCAGUGAUCAGCCCUUCCGCUCUCUAGCAGAGUUUGAGUUUGCGCACUAUUCAAGAUGCUGGCUGGUGUUUGGACAAGGAGGGAUGCCAAGGCUUCAAAGGCUUAAGUUAUACUUUCAAGCACGGAAGAGAGUGGGCGGCGGUUUUGAUCUUGGCACGGAGAACCUCACUUCCCUUAAACAUGUCACCGUCGUAGUUGACUGUGAUGGUGCCAGGACUAGGGAGGUGGAGGAUGCAGAGACCAAAAUCAGGGAUGCAGUUGACGGCCACCCGAAUCAUCCAACUCUUGUGCUGUCAAGAAGAUACGAAUCGUCAAUGGUAGAGGAUGAGAACGAAUACGUACGUAAGGGUCCGGAGCAGCAAAGUUCGGACUUGCUGACUGCCAACGAUGAAAGGGAAGACUUGCAAAGUUAAGCCUGGUGUCCGAUUUGGGACUGGGCAGGCAUCCAAACGUGAUUCUUAAUUAGCCAUUUAGCCCUACAUAAUCUAAUCCUAUUUUCUGAAACUAAAGCAUCAGCUAAUCAAAAUACUUCUUUGGAUGAUUUGUCCAGUUCACCACUGCUUC